AUGGUAGAACGGGCUUUGAGGUUACAUUUUCCAGAGAUGGAGGUGGUGCGGCAGGUGAUUGUGACGACGGGUGACCGGAGGACGGAUGUGUCGCUGGAUCAGGUGGCGAAGGCGGAAGGGGUGUGGGACAAGGGGGUGUUUGUGAAGGAGUUGGAGGUGGCUUUGCACGGUGGAGAGGUAGAUCUGGCGGUGCAUAGUUUGAAGGAUUUGCCCUCGGUGCUGGAGGAUGAGUUUGAGUUGGGAGGGGUGUUGGAGAGGGCGGGGGUGAGGGAUGUGCUGGUGACUCGUGGGGAGGUGAGUUGGGAUGAUUUGGGAGAGGGAAAGGUGGUGGGGACGAGUUCGGUGAGGCGAGCUAAGCAGGUGCAGGAUUUAUGUGCAGGGGUGGAGGUGUGUGAUUUACGAGGGAAUGUGCCGACGAGGUUAAGGAAACUGGCAGAGAGUGAGGUGAUGGAUGGGAUUUUGUUGGCGGAGGCGGGGAUGGAGCGUCUGGGGUAUGUGACGGAUGGGAAGUUGGAAAUCGAGGAGGUGACUUUGAGGGUGCGUCCGCUGGAGGCGGGUAAGUUUUUGCCUGCAGCGUCGCAAGGUGCGGUGGGGCUUGAGGUGCGUGCUGGGGAUGCGGAGGUGAAGGAGGUUUUGGCGAAGCUGAACCACGAGGAGACGAUGGCGGUGGUGACGGCGGAGAGGGAGUUUUUGAAAUUGUUAGAGGCGGGGUGUCAUACUCCGGUAGGGGUGUGGAGUGAAGUGGUAGGGGAAGAGUUGAGGAUGCGGGUGAGAGUUUAUUCAGAGGAUGAAGGUGAGGUGAAGGAGGGUGAGUUCACGGGUAAGGUGAAGGUGCCGAAGGAAGUGGCACGGGGGGUUUAUGAGGUGGUGAGGGGGAGUUAG